AUGCCAAAGAAGAAAGUUUCUAAAGGGAAAAGGGGGAAAGGCGGCAAAGGAAAGAAGGACGGCAAACAAGAAUCCAAAGCGGACAAAGAGUCAGACGUGGAGAAAGCAAAGGUCAACGCUACUCUCUGGGAGGCAAGGUUAGAUGUCACUGAAAGAUCUCUUGAGCAGUACCGCGAGGCUGCCCGCAGGUUGGCGCAAGCCAAUGAAGUGCUCACUAACCAACAGUAUCAUACCGAAAAGGACACUAUUGAUAUAAUAAGCCUGUUGAAGAGAAAGGAUACAGAGAAAGAAGAGAAGAUUAUGAUGCUGGAAGAGCAACUAAGAAGUCAAGAAGCGCUUGCACAUCAAGAGCAAGAGAAACUUGUGGCCAAGUACACGCUUCAGAUCAAUGAGUUGCAGGACAAAUUCAGAAAGAGGUCCGGUGAAUUCAACAUGAUCCAAGGGGAACUGAAGGCCAUCAAGGAGUUUCGCAAGAAGAAAGCGCAGAUGGAGCAGGAGCUCAGCAGUAUUAAAGAACGCAUGUAUGCUGCUGACAAGCACCACAAAGAAAACCUGGCUAGAAUGGAACAUAAAUUCUUCAGUGAAAAGGUCCGUCUGGAGAAGGAGGCCGAGAAGAGGAUAGCUCAGCUAGCUGAAAGCGCCCACAAUGAAGCCAUUGUGCAACUGGAUAACACCUCACAGACAGUGUUCAAGGAGAAUGUCCGCCUGAAUGAAGCGCUUAACUACCACUUGAAGGAAGUUGAGGACCUGAAGAAACUGACCUCGUCAUUGGCUGAAGAAAACGCCUCCAUGGCUCUGAAAGAGGAGAUUGGUCAGUUGAUGAUCAAGAAGAAUGCAGCUCAAAUUAAGAGCCAGAAGGAGGAGAUAUCUGAAUUGAAGGCCAAGGUGGCCACCUUAGAGCAAGCCCUGGAGCUGAUGACUGAGGAGUUUGAGCAAGAGAAGGCGGAAACUCAGCAAAGGGGCCUAAUCUGCACCCAGGCAGCCCAGGUGGAACUGGAGAAACUGCAGAAGGUGCUGGUCAUGCGGGAGAAGGAGUUGGGUCGAAUCAAGCGGCUGGCAGGCAGCUUAGUGGCACAGCGCACAGAGCUGGAGCGAUUCUUUCAUGAAACCCUGUUCCAGGUGAGGCAGGAGAUCCAGGCCAGCAGGCUGCAAAACAGAAAAGAGGCCUUACAGGCAUACCGCUGGAAGAUGAGUGAAGCCAGGGCAGGAAGGCUGAAGUACCCCCUUAUCUGCACCUUCCACAAUACCCCCCAUAGCACCAAUUGUGUCUUUUCAGACAUGGAGGAGGCUGAAAAGUGGACUCCUGUACAAAGCAACAAGGUUGACAUAUCAGAUCUCACUUGGGAGCAGAAGGAGAAAGUGCUUAGGCUGCUUUUUGCAAAAAUGAAUGGACAGAAAGUAAGGUAAAUGCUCUCCCAAUCUCUGGCGUUGUCUCCGUCCUCCGAGAAGAACCAUAUUGACAGUGAUGCUGCUGGAAUUACAGAGGCGCCUACCCUGAUGACCUUCAUCACCCAGGCGCCUGGGUCUGACCUGCCUUCCAACCCAAACACACUGCCGGAUAUACACAUCACAUGA